AUGCUUCGCGGUGGCGGUGCUGCACCUGCCCCGUAUACAGGUGGCGGUGGAACUACUUCGGCAUACUUUGGAGUUGGAGGAGGCGCUGGCGCUGCCCCAGGAACGACGUCGUGUUACUUCGGCGCGGGUGGUGGUGCUCCAGCAGGUAGUUUCGGCGCAGGCGGUGGUGCACCGAGAACCGCACCAGGUGUAUCGGCCUACUUCGCACCC